UGAUAAAAUAUUAAACGUCAAAUUUAACUUGAAGUUAGAAGUGAAUGUAAAUGCUCGUUUAACGUUUGAAUCCUGAAUUAGUUCUUAUGUCAACUGUCAAGCCACCCAAGUCCCAAAGUGGUCAUUCGUCGCUUCGCUUUGGCUGGAUAGGUGAUAAGCUGAUAAGCUUAUAGUGAGGUUAGUGUUGGACUAUGUUUAAUUAAUAGUUUAUAGUUACAAAAUUGACCCUAUUCUGCACUAUUUUAUUCGGAAUGGCUAACGGGUUUACGGAAUCAGCAUUGAUUAAAAAACUAGCAGACUUGAAUAGCUCCUCUCAGAGCAUCCAAACUUUAGCCCUAUGGCUAAUCCACCAUAGGAAACAUUAUGCUACUGUUGUUAAGAUAUGGGCUAGAGAACUUAUCAAAGCCCAGAAAGAUCGGCAAUUAACCUUCAUGUUUCUUGCUAACGAUGUCAUACAAAAUAGUAGAAAGAAAGGUCCAGAGUACAGCCAAGAAUUUGGCUCGAGCCUCAUAAAAGUUUUUGAACAUAUGAGCAGUUCUGAUCAAAGUACUAAAAAUGGUGUUAGUAGAUUAUUGAGGAUUUGGCUUGAACGCGGAAUCUAUAGCCCUGUUUUGAUUAAUGAGUUUCAAAAAGCAAUUGUUUUAGACGAUGAUGAACCAGUUACUAAAAAAGCCAAAACUGAACACAAAUCCAAAUCUGAAAAAUCUAAUAAAGAGAAAAGGGUAAAGAAGAAAAAGCAAGUUACUGUUGAGAUUGAUGGAACUUUGGAAACUCAUGUCCGUCUAAGUCCCCACACUCCCCCAGGGGAUCCACCAGAGCCUGACGAACUAAUAAAAGCCAUCCAAGAGUUAGAAAGUAACAUUGCAUCAUCUGACGCAAAAACGAGAGAAACAAUAACAAACUUACCUAAAGAACUUUCUGAUGCUUCAACUAUUAGUAACAUACAGAAUAGGGAAGUGGCUGAUAAGUUGGCGGUCCAACUUGAUGAUGUUAUCUCAUUAUUGACUCAGUACAAUACAAGAUUAGCUGCUGAAAUGGUAUGUAGGAAAAAGGUGGCGGGUAUGAUGAAGGAUUUUUUGCAAGUGCAAGAAGAUCUACUUGCUCAAGCAGAAAAUUCAAUAGAGGAAUCCCAGGAAAAAUUAUCAAAAAUAUAUGGGGUGAAGAAAGAGUUACAAGCCCAUUUGCAAAAGUUGCCAGAUAUUACCCAGCUUCCUGAUGUAACGCAUGGUUUGGCACCUUUGCCUUCAGCCGAAAAUCUUUUUAUGCAAUAGAACGCUUAGAAUUUAAUAUUUAUUAUGUUGAUUCAAAAUUUUGCAUUAAUUUCUGUGUUUUUUUUUUAAAUAUUUAACAUAUAUUUCACAUUGUGAUUUUUCUAUGUGGAAAUUUAUGUUUUGUUCUGGUAAUUACAUACUUGUUAUGUCUUUGGUAACAACCAUCUACCAAUUUAUAUUAUAUGCAGGUUAUUAGCAUGUACCCAAUAGCAUAUUCUGAAUCAAAAAUUACCAAACUCCUGGUACUGGAUGAUCUAAAUUAUUAUCAAAAGUGACUCUUUCCUAAUGGACUGUAUACUGGAAUGAGUCAAUACAAAAUUCAUCUUUGAAAUAUUUCAAGCCCAGGCAGUGAUUUUUAGUUCAGUAAAUUGUACAGGUACAGCAUCAGAGCUGCAAAAUAUUGCUAUGUCAUUAUAUAAAAUAAAGACACAGAGACGUAAAACUACAGAGGAUUUUAAUAAUAUGCUAUAGUGCACUAUGUAAUAUACAAUAUUUUAUACAUAUAAUACGAUCAUUCAAAUAUCAAUGAAUUGGAUAAAUAAAUCAUUACCUUACUAGAAGCAUUGUUAUCUUAGUAGGUUCAAUUUCAGUAAUAAUAUUUGAAAUUGAAUAUGUAAUUUGGGGCAUAUUGUAAUUACAAAAAUAAUACUUUUAUGCACCUAAAUCUAAAAGUGCAACUUUCAAAAACAAAAUGUGUGCAAAAAAAGUAGCUAUUUUAGCACAAUCCUGUAAAAAAAUUAUUUAAAUUUUUUUAAGUCUUGUGUAAUUAAUUGAUAAUAUGAAUCUAUAUUAUUAUUAUUGUCGCCUCUGGCCCCACAUUGUUGAUUAUUGUUAAAAUUUCAAAUUUUGGAUGGACUUAGUUUGGAAAAAUAUACCUAUAUCUAUUUAUUUUUUAGAGUAAUUUCAUGUUUAGUUUAAAUAGGAAAUAGCAAAUUUACCCAUUCUCAAGUAUUUUAUUGGUGAGUCAGUCACAAUCGUAGACCUUUUAUAUGGCGUUCUGUGUAAAUUUGCUGUUUCAACAAAAAAACUUAGUUAUGCAGUCAUAUAGUUUUUACCUAUAACAUACAGAGGUGAUUUACGUAGCCCAUGCAUUAGCUUGCAGGUGGAUAAGAUGCUAUUUCGACUAAUCCACCUGCAAACUGGACAACUUGUAAUGCACGGGCUACGUAAAUCACGGUGUAUAAUUUAACUAUUUUUUAGAAUCAUUGAAAAUACAUAGUUUAGUAUGGUUUUAUUUGUGGUUCAAUUUUUCCAAAUAAAAAAAAAAGUUGCUGAAGUAAUUCUUCUAUUAUAUUUCCAGUUAUUGCUUAAAAUUGCUAAAAAAAAAAAUAAUACUAAAAAGUUUAGUUGCUUGAAUUCCCACACCAUUUGUGAACAAAACUUAUCACUGCUGGAAUAUUAGAGUCUGGCGCCAAUUUCGAGCCCAUAUUCAAUUUAGCCCACGCCUCUUUGGCAGCUUGAAAAUUUGAAUUGGCAAAAGUAACAGCUUGUUUUUUGAUUGGAUAUCCUGUUACCAAACACGGCAGUUCUCCCGGCUGCAAGCUACUCUCGUAAAGCUGUCUCUCAUCCAAUGGCAAAGUUUGCUCUACUUUUUGAUCCAUACUAAUGGCCAAUACCCAUUCCCGCACAUUAUCGUGUUCUUUGGGAUCGUCGGCAAGGUACAGUUUUGGAGGAAUUGGAAUAUUUGAUGGAAAGUCUGUUUGGAGUAGAUCUGAGUGAUCUACUAGCUGGCCUUCGCCUUCUUCAAUGGCUUCACAUAAAUCUAGGUAGUGAUUUAGAAAUACAAACGCUUCAGAUAUGCGAUGUUCCUCUUUUAGAU